CGAUACUUUAAUUGUUGUGUUUACAUGAGGUUUUGUUUUUGAUUGGUUUUAAUUUGGUUCCUUUUGGUUUAAUUAUGAUUUGUAGAAUUAAUUUUUCCAUUUCGAACCUUUUACCAGCCUCAUCUAGUCGAUUUGGUUUGAGAGUUGCUUCUUUCUCUUCGACUCCUGUCCCAGAAUCUAAUCUUGCCAAACUCCGUAAGAAAACAGGGUUGGCAUUUACAUUAUGCAAGAAAGCAUUGGAACUACAUAAUAAUGACAUUGAAGCUGCAACGGCUUAUUUAAAGGAGGAAAGUAUUAAACAUGGAUAUGCAAAAGCUGCAAAAUUAAAGUCUCGUCGAGCUGCCCAAGGGUUAGUUGGUCUUUUGAUGGAUAAAGAAGCUAAAAGAUGUGCCCUGUUAGAAGUUAAUUGUGAAACUGAUUUUGUCGCUCGUAAUUCAAGUUUCAAACAAUUAAUUGCCCAGUUAACUUCGGAUCUUUUUUCACCAUCAACUCAAUCCAAAUCAGCACCAUCAUCAACCACUAAAAAUGAAUUAGUUACCAAGCUCAUCUACACAUCAGAAGAUUUAAAUUUUCUCAAUGAUCAAAUUUCACAAGCAAUAUCCAAAUUAGGCGAGAAUAUAAAACUUUCAAAAGCUUUAAUUUUACAUUUAAAUGAACCGAUUAGAAAUGAUUUAUCACUUUUUGGACAUGCCCAUGCUUCAGGUGAAUACAUUGCUGAUAUUAAUGGUGUUCAAUUGGGUAAAUAUGGUUCAAUUGUUGUCGUACGUCAAUUACCUGAUGAAGAGAGGAAAGAAACAAUCAACAAACCCACCGAACCUGAACCAGUGAAAGAAAUUAAAACUUCACCAGAAAUUGAUCAUCCAAAAGAAGGAGCUGAAAAAUCAGAAAAACAAUUGACCGAUGAAGAGAUUGACAAUCAAGAAUUGGACAUCGAAUUUGUUGAAGAGCAAAUUGAAUAUACAAUUGACAAUGUUGGUAAAAUUUUGUGCCAACAAAUCAUCGGAAUGAGUCCAGUUUACCUUAAGAAAUCACCCGAGCAAUUGAAAGAGAAAAAAUUAACCGAAGAAGGAUACAAGAUUCCCGAAGAUAAUGAUUAUCUAUUGGAUCAGAAGACGAUAAUUGACUCGAGUUUAAGUGUUGCCGAUUUUUGCGAAAAUCAAGGUCUUCAAAUAAUAGAUUUCGUUAGAUUCGAGUGCGGAAAUGACCAAGAAUCCUAAACUGACCAUAACACACAAUCAAUGGGCCAUAGUUUUUUUCAAAUUGUAAACAAUUUCGACCAUAAACAAAAUAGUUACAAUUUAAUUUAACACAAUUAAAUAAGCGAAGCAAAAACCCCAAUAGAUGGCGACUCUUUCCCUAUGAAAGAAUCAAAAUGAAACAACAAUUUAAUUGGAAUAAUUAAUUUAAUCACAACACAAUCAAUCAUCAGAAAAUUGUAAUUCCCUCAGAGAAUUAACUUGAUUAUUGAUAAAGACAAUUUCCAAACAAACUCAAAAGAAAAUUAGAAAAUUUAAUUGAACUUUCAAUCCAAUUGAUAAAAGAAUCAAAACAAUUAACAAUUAUAAUGAAAAUCUAAUCAUAAAGAAUCAGUAUCACAAUUUAUUAGGCAGAUGAUAAAUUUAUAUAAUUUUCGAUGAUGAUUAUUGUCCAAAAGGAGUAGAUUGUUGAACAGAAAUGUGAUGACCAGUCCCUCCCCUUUGCUGACCUUUACCAAUGGACUUUGCAUAUAUAAAGUGAUCAAAAUCAUCUCCACCUCCUCAUCCGCCUCAUUGAUGAUCAACAACAACAACA